AGCCACAGCGUCAACAUUCCGGUAGGAAACAACGGCUCUAUAUCACUCCAUAUAACCCACCCCUCGGAUACACUCGAAAGGACCCGCAAUCAUAUACUCGUCUAUCUUCCGCCGGGUCCAAUCAUCUCUCUCAACCCCGGAGGGGUCAUUCCCACCUACAGCAACCACAAUGCACCACAGCGCUAUGAAAUUAUCCCACAAAUCCUAGCACGCAUCACCUUCUCAACGGUAGUAACAAUCAACUACCGUCUGGGUACUCUCCCAGCCAACCCAGAUAGCCCCACUGACCUGGCAGUUCACAAACACAAAUACCCUACCCCCGUCCACGACACCCUCGCCGGCUUCGAUUGGAUCCAGGAUACCCUGAGCCCCGAGCGUGUAGCCGUCGUAGGCAUGAGCAUCGGCGGCUCCCUGGCCCUAAUGCUCUCCCUCACGGAAGCCAAGUCCAUCCACGCAGUCGCAGCCCUCGAGCCCGUCUGCGACUGGACUUCCCUCGACGAGCAUUGCAUUCAGUCACCGCCAACGGCCGAGGAAACAGCCUCGCUUAUGUCGCACAGCAAAAAGGGUUCCAAGAAGAGAAAAUUCGCGCAAUGGGACCUCCUCCCCCUUCUUCAGGCAAGGAAAGCACUCUUCUCCACCCCGGAGCGGUAUUUUGAUGCCUUUGCAUCACCAAUUCUAUUUCUUCGUUCGCCAGGAAAGGACGUGCCCCGCUCUUUUCCAGAGUAUAGAAUGGGGCCGCAGUAUCCGAUUCCUGUUCUGAAAGCCGGGGGUGUACCUGAGGGUGAGGAGUGUAUCGAUUAUUGGGACGUGUAUUCGCAGGAGGACCUAGAGAGUAUGCACGAGUCAAAUACUACGGGAAUUCAGACGAAACCAGAUCCACCUCGGAGACGAAAGGCACUCUCGAGAUGGCCGCCUUUCGGCCUCGAUUAUGGCAUCAGUGGUCCGACGUGGCAUCAUCCUGGCCAGGGAAUAAAACGGCUCGAGAUGCAGCUUCCUUGGGUGAAGUUAUUUACUCGCAUCGAGGACUAUGGUAUUCCACCAUGGACUAUGAGGGGGACUGGAAGACACAAAGGUCUCAAAGACGCUAGCGUUCUAGCCCAACAAGGCCAUGAAAUGGUCAACGUUAUGCGGCGGGCGUGUUUCUGGGGCCGAGAGAAGGGAUAUGCUGGGACGAGAGUGACUCUU